GUCUUGUUGAUUAAAAUGUUUCGUUCACAAAGUGAUAAGCUGCUUGUCCUCGCAUUUAUAGGUCUCUUUAUACUGGUAUUCUCUCAAACAAAAAAUGGUGAAUGCACGGAAAGACCAGUGUUGUUACAACUUUCAUGUUGUGGGCAAUAAAUGCGAGCCGUGUUCCCCGGGAUUCUUUGGAAACAAUUGUGUCACGGCAUGCCCUAACGGGACGUACGGGAAUUUGUGUGUUAAUAUAUGUGAAAAAUGCACAAAAUCCGAAUGCCAUCCUGUCUAUGGCUGUGAGAAGCCAGAAAUUUCAACUCUUGAGUUAACUUCACAAAUUUACCAAACAACACCUUUCCUUUCUACAUACAGAGAGAAGUCUACAAGGAAAUCCGUAAAGAGCACACGUUCUUCUCCACAAAUUUUUUGGUCCACUUUAAAACAUGUUUCAAUUUCCACUCGUUUAACCACUCCAUCCUUGAAAGGUGAGGACAACAAUAAUAAUACUGUAAUAAUUGCAGUGGGAGGUGCUAUUACAUUAUGUUUGGUCAUUCUUAUUAUUCAAGUUGGGUACAAACAAAUACUGCAAUGUAAGAGAAAAAAACGCCGUCUAACUACGAAACAAGAUCAUACCCAAGAAACAUACGAAGAAAUACCUGAAAUUGAUUUGGACUCAAGAAGACGUAAAGAUGAGUCAAAGGAGAAGAAUAAGUACAAUAUAUUAAAUCGUGUGCCAGAGUUACCUGGACGCGGAUAUCAUGAGAUUCAACAAAUACAGAUUUCUGAAGAGACACGAUCGGGAGGAACCGUUCAUUCCGACAGCAGUGGAGAAUCUUAUAUAUCACCAAACGAAAACGCCCCCCUCCACACAUAUACCCCGGUUAUAGAUUCUAAUUACGAUGAUGUGAGGGAGAUGGCAGAAAGUGGUAACGAUAAUUAUUUAGACCCUGUUAUAGAAAUAACACCGGAAAUACACGUGCCUUCUGCUGAGCAGGCGCAUUCGGACUCAAGUCACGGUUCUACACAGUAUAAUGAUAUUGCAUUACCGCGGGAUCCGGUAUGCGUAAAUCGAAUGGACCGAAUUGGCCAAAUUUUUGAUGGAACUAAUAUGUAUCUUGAUGUUACGAACAAAUAA